AUGUCGUUCACCAAGAAAUCCACCAACAAAGUCGCAGGUGGCACGUUGACCAAGUACACCUUCACGUCGAGCUCGCUCGGAUCGCUCGAAACGGCGAUCAACGUCUUCCUUCCCUCCACCGCUGCCUUUUCCAGCAACACAAAGGUGCCCGUGCUGUACUACCUGUCUGGGCUCACGUGUACUGAGGACAAUGCGGCGCAGAAGGGCGGGUUCUUCAAUGCGGCAGAAGCGGCGCAGAUUGCGCUUGUGUUUCCGGACACGAGUCCGCGCGGGGCGGGGGUGGACGGCGAAGAUGAGAGCUACGACUUUGGUACCGGUGCCGGGUUCUACGUGAAUGCGACCAAGCAGCCGUGGAACAAGGCGUACCGGAUGUACGAGUAUGUGGUGGAGGAGCUGCCGAAGAGGCUCGAGGAGAAUGGCGUCGCGGUGGACACAAGCAGGGCGUCGAUCUUCGGCCACUCGAUGGGCGGCCACGGCGCACUGACGCUGUACCUCAAGAACCGCAAACAGUACCGCUCAGCUUCGGCCUUCUCACCCAUCUGCAACCCCACCGCCUGCGCUUGGGGCAAGAAGGCCUUCGAAGGCUACCUGCAGGGCGGCCUGGACGAGGGCAAGCAGUACGACGCCACGCUGCUCCUCCAGAACGCACAGGACCAGCCGCACAUCCUUAUUGACUCGGGCACCGCCGACGACUUCUACAAGCAGGGACAGCUACUCCCGGAGAACUUCGAUAAGGUCGCAAAGGACAAAGGAUUCACCAGCGUCCAGGUGAGACUUCAGGACGGAUACGAUCACAGCUACUACUUCAUCUCGACGUUCGCAGAGGACCACAUCAAGUUCCACGCCCAGUUCUUGAAGUGA